AUGAAACGCCAUUAUGUUGACACUGGGAAUGAGAAGGAUCUACCCUAUAGCAAGGCUCCAUGCCAACCUGCCGAGGAAUUGGAUGAUGUGAACUGGGUUCCUUUUUGGGAGGAGGCAGGGGAUGUGAAAGAAGAAGAAUCGACACCUAUCCCUGGACCUUCGAUAAGCAGAGCCCAAGAUGUUGGCAUAGAGUCCAAGGUUCAGAGUCAGCAGGGGAGGAGUAGAACUCCCUCAGUCUACCAGUCUUGUUCACAGUAUUACUCCUGCUUCUCUUCAAUAACCAACUCAGAGGAGAACAAGUCUCAGCAAAGCACAUAUGCAUUUUAUACCCGGGUGCAAACGGUCCAGGGCGUAGCAGUGGCCUGGGAGACAGAGUCUGGUUUUGAGUCAAUUGGCCUUAGGCCUCGAGUAAGGGAGGCUGAAUUCACUGAGAGGCAGAGGAGGGAAGGCUCUCCCAUUGAAAGUAUUUCUACUAGUGACCUGGUCAGUGAGACUGAUUCUUGGGAGGGAGAUGCCUUUCAGGAAUUUGAAGAGCCUGAGACAUCAGUACCAUCAGAUAGUAGCCAAGAGAUAAGGGAAACACCUGAUUGGCUGAUCACCACAAACUAUGGUCUCCGCUGCUUAGCCUGUUGCAGGAUCUUCCCCAACUUGGAAGCCCUCUUACACCAUGCCCAGCAUGGGAUCAAGGAGGGCUUCAGCUGUCACAUUUUCUUCCGGGAAAUGCUACAGAGAAGACAGUCUCAGAGUCAACAGCAGGAACAACCGCCAGAGGACCAGGAUCAGGGCCAAUCCCAUAGUAGUGAGCCAAGCAGAAAGCCUCAAGAAAAACAAAUCUUAUCAGAAAUUGAAUGCUUAUCAGCGACAACAGCAAACAAGAAGGGUCAGAGGGAAUCUCACUUCAGCUUCAAGGGAGUGGAUCAGCACAGAGAUCAAGAAGAAAGCUAUGAAAAGUGGGAUGAAGAAAGAAGUCAAGAGAAGAGUCAAAAUUCCACAGGAGACCAUGAGAGUUGA